AUGUGGCAGACACGGGUUCGCCUGUCUAGGUGGUCGCCGGCGAAGGAUGGUGUAACCGGCGGCGUGGACAGGAUGAUCGCCGGAGAGGAGAAGACCGGCGGCUGGGUGCCGAGGGGGCCGGCAAUGGACAGAGCUGCCGGCAGGAGAUGCAGAGCGGCCGGCAGGGACCUGCAGGCGCACGGCACGGACGGCGGCGAGGAGAUCAGCAAGUACGGGCGACGUCAGGGAGAUCGGCGGGGACCUGUGGGAGUUCAGUGGCAGGUACAGGCAUGUCGUCCAGAGCAGGAACAGAGCUGCAAGCGGCGCUAUCAGGGUACCAGACUGACAGGCCUGUCAGACCUGUCAGUCCAACCUCUGCGGCCCCCGCUAGCAGCCCCUCCGGCCCCCACCGGCUAUCCUUUCCGGCCCCCACAACAGGUUCUUCCCGGCCUCCUGCCGGCUCCCGGGCCCCGCCUGCUCUUCCUUGCGGCUGCCGCUUCCCCGCUGCCCCUCCGCCCGCCGCCGCGCUCAGCCGCUGGCUUCCCUGGCCACCACUUCCCGACAGCACCGCCUCCUCGGGUGCAACUACUCCCUGCGCCCGCCGCCUUUCGCCACCGCCUACCUGUUGCCCCCAGCUCGCCGCUCAGUCUGCGGCCUCCGCCUUGGCCCCCGCCGCUCCGUCCCCGGUCGCCGCUCAGUUCCCGGCCGCCGCUCCGUCUCCCCGGCCCUUUUUUCCGGCCGGCCACUGCUCCGCCACUAGGCCACCACCCAUCCGCUGCUCAGCCACCGGAUCUCCACUAG